AUGGUCCGUCCGACACCUGCGAAAGCCAAGGGCAGCGGCCCGAAGGCACGAAUUGAAGAAGAAGAAGUCAGUGAGGCCAGCGAACGUGGUACCGAUCACGACGCUGAGAGUGAGGCUGAAUCUGAAGCCGAACCCGUUACACCGGCCCCGACCACCUCAAAGAAACCAAAGAGAACACCGAUCGUUGUUGUCGAUAAGGGUAAAUCAAAGGACGAUCGCCGUAGCUCUUUCUUUGUGACUUACCCUGAGCUCCCCGGCGUUGAUCAAGGCGACGAGGAUGGACAUCGUGAGUUUUUCGACCCUGAAGAGCUUCAGACAUUCCUCCAGGAGGACCCGACACGAUACAAACAGCUGUUUGACGACCAGAAUGCGGCCACGUCUCGUCUCAACAAGACCCUUCAGGAGCGAGAGAUCGAACGAAGGUCACAAGAGACUCAGCAAGAGACUCUAAUCAAGAUCAGGAGUGAAGUGAGUCGGUACCUUACGCAGUUGAAGGUUACUGAACAGGAACGUGAUGAGCUUCGCCACGAACUGGAUAACCUGAAAAUGAGCAUGGAACAAGAGUCUGAACCACCGGCUUCUCGCCAACGCCCUCGUCAACGAUCUCGAUCUCGAUCUCGAUCCCGCUCCCAGUACCGUCACUCGCGUCCUUACCGUCGCUCACGAACACGCUCUCGGACCAGAGAGUCGAAACCCGCUAAGACUUACAAGUUCGCUGACCCCCCAGUCUUUUCCGAUGGUACUGGCACCGAUAUGAAGUUUAGGAGCUGGCGUACUGCGAUGGAGUCGAAGCUGAAGGCUAAUGCGGAUCACUUCUCAACCCCUGACCUCCGUAAAACUUACGUCGCUAGCCGACUGACUGGCGCUGCUUACGAUCAGAUUGUCCCCGGGCUGAAUGACGACAACGAUGAUACCUCUUUUGAUGACGGCGAUGAUAUCCUUGAUUAUCUGGAGGCUAUCUACGGAGAUCCUGUCCGUCAGGAGCGAGCUGAGCAUGAUUUUGAGGUCUUGCGAAUGAAGGAUACUGACAAAUUCGCCAUCUUCCUCGCCGAAUUCACCCGUCUCGCAAACGACGCCCAGAUUCCUCACAAUAAACGUGUGAAACUCCUGCAUCGGAAGCUUAUCCCCAAGCUACAACACAAACUUGUUGGAAAAGCAUCAAAGACUGACGUUACCAUCAACGAAUACAUCGAGAAGGCUCACCGCUACGGAAGCUGCGAAUACGAAGCCUCCGACCGCGAACCCUCCCGCGCGAAACCAAAAGCCAGCGGCUGCGCCCGCUACUUCUACCUCCGCCCCCGUCUUGAUGUUGCCGAAAUGGCAAAGCGGAAGUCAGAAGGACGCUGCUUUGAGUGCAACGAACAAGGACAUAUGGGCAAGGACUGUCCGAAACGUGCACUGCGUCUCGCUGCCGAGACAAAAGCGAAGGUCGCUGUUGUUGAUCUCAAGGAUAUGGAAGCCCCGGCUCCCCUCGCUAAGAAUCAUUCUGAACAGGAAAAAGCUUAG